GCUCGCGCCGAUUUUCUCAGAAGUCUGAAGUCUGAAGAAGAAGAGUGGAAAAAGGGUGAAGCUUUGAGUGACCCAGAAAAAUGGGGAAGAAAGGGAAGAAGCCCGGAAAGGGAAAAGAGAAGACGGAGAAGAAAACAGCCAAAGCUGAGGAGAAGAGAGCUCGCAGAGACACCAAGAAGCUCUCUCCCGAGGACGACAUCGAUGCCAUUUUGCUGAGUAUACAAAAGGAGGAAGCCAAGAAGAAGGAAGUCCAUGUUGAGGAAAAUGUCCCAGCUCCUUCUCCGCGUUCCAACUGCACCCUGAGCGUCAAUCCCUUGAAAGAGACAGAGUUAAUCCUUUACGGGGGUGAAUUCUACAAUGGUAAUAAGACGUUUGUCUAUGGCGAUUUUUACCGGUACGAUGUUGAAAAGCAGGAAUGGAAGUUAAUUUCAAGCCCUAAUAGUCCACCUCCUCGUAGUGCUCACCAGGCUGUCACCUGGAAGAACUAUCUUUACAUCUUCGGUGGUGAAUUUACUUCCCCAAACCAAGAGAGGUUCCAUCACUAUAAGGACUUUUGGAUGUUGGAUCUCAAAACAAAUCACUGGGAACAGCUAAACUUAAAAGGGAGUCCAAGUCCACGCUCAGGUCAUCGAAUGGUGUUGUACAAGCACAAGAUUAUUGUUUUUGGCGGCUUCUAUGACACUCUAAGAGAAGUGAGGUAUCAUAAUGAUCUUUAUGUAUUUGACCUGGACCAGUUCAAGUGGCAAGAAAUAACCCCUAGGCCUGGGGCCAUGUGGCCAAGUGCACGAAGUGGCUUUCAAUUUUUUGUUUACCAAGAUGAGAUCUUUCUAUAUGGUGGCUAUUCCAAAGAAGUUUCAUCUGAUAAAACCGGCUCUGAGAAAGGAAUUGUUCAUUCAGACUUGUGGUCCCUUGAUCCUAGGACAUGGGAAUGGAACAAGGUAAAAAAAAGUGGGAUGCCUCCUGGACCCCGCGCUGGGUUUUCCAUGUGUGUUCAUAAGAAGAGAGCUUUGCUAUUUGGGGGUGUAGUGGACAUGGAAGUUCAAGGUGAUGUAAUGAUGAGCUUGUUCUUGGACGAACUUUAUGGCUUCCAAUUAGACAACCAUCGCUGGUACCCAUUGGAGCUACGGAAGGGGAAGUCAACAAAAGAUAAGGUAAAAAAAAGUUCUGGACGAAAACGUAAUAAUGAUGGUGAUGAUAAAAUGGAUACAACUGAACAAGAGGAGUCUAAAGAAAAUGGCAAAGAUGAGAAUUCUGAAUAUGAUGAAGAAGUAGGCAACUCAGGGAGCAAAAUUGAUGGUAUAUCGCAGCAAAUGGCUACAGCCAUGAAUGUUGAUGAUUCUGAUUUACCAGAGAUAGUGAAGCCCUGUGGACGUAUCAAUUCCUGCAUGGUUGUUGGAAGAGAUACAUUAUAUGUUUAUGGAGGAAUGAUGGAGGUCAAGGAUCAAGAAAUUACACUGGAUGACUUGUAUUCUCUUAAUCUUAGCAAACUUGAUGAGUGGAAGUGCAUCAUAACGGCAUCGCAAUCUGAAUGGGUUGAGGCCUCUGAAGAUGAAGAUGAGGAUGAGGACGAGGAUGAAGAUGAGGAUGAAGAUGAAGAUGAAGAUGAGGAUGAAGAUGAGGAGACUGAUGAUGAUAAUGACGGAGAGAGUGGUAAAGGUGGAUCGCUUCAAAUGGGGGAAGCUGUUGCUUUAAUCAAGGGCGGGGGUAAGACUCUGCGGAGGAAAGAGAAACGGGCCAGAAUAGAGCAGAUUAGAGCCAGUCUUGGCCUUUCAGAUUCGCAAAGAACCCCAAUGCCUGGUGAAUCUUUGAGAGAUUUCUACAAACGUACAAAUAUGUACUGGCAAAUGGCAGCCCACGAACAUACCCAACACACUGGAAAGGAGCUCCGUAAGGAUGGCUUUGAUCUUGCUGAAGCUCGAUACACAGAGCUUAAACCAAUUCUGGACGAGUUGGCCAUAUUAGAAGCAGAGCAGAAGGCUGAAGAGCAAGAAGCUGAAACCAGUACUAGUGCUAGGAAGAGAGGCAAGAAAAGAUAGGUGUUGAGCCUUGUCUUAGAAACGUCAAUCAGCCUCUUACAAUUUUGGUUCUAAAAUUAUAUGAAUAUGCGCUUAAGCAUACUCAGUGUGCUAUAUCCGAGUGUAUUUUGAGAUUAUUGUAGAAUAUGAUAGACAAAAGUUAGGAUCCUGACUUGUUUUACUCAAGUUGUGUGCACGUUUAUGGCGGUAAACGUAAGUACUUGACUAUAACUCUUUUCCCUCCUACUUUCCUGGAGAACUAUAAGUCGGACCAUGAAUGCUUUCUCAAA